AUGCUGUGGAAUCAAGACACCCUCUAUUCAAUAAAAGGUAAUUCUACCUACAUUAUCCCAGCAGGGAAAGAACAAUACGGAAUAUGCUCAUGUGCAGAGAAAGACCAGGGAUUCCGAAAAGGAGAUAACGAGUGUUAUCAAUUCCUCACUAUUGGGGUGAAGGCUGAACAACCAGAAUUACUGUUCGCAUUAAAGGAACUGAACAGUUUGGUAUCAAUGAACGGAGAAUCUAUGGUAGGAUGGGCGCUUACUGGACAAAGCGUGCUAACAAGAAAUAGAAUGUCCAAACAACCAAGCCUGUCUAGAUUAAAGAAAGAUUUAAAUGCAAUGUUAAGUAAUGCAGUACCAGAUUCAAUAGAAAUCAAUACCUUCAUAUGGCAUUACAACAAGUAA